AUGAGCCACUGUUAUCAACCCUUCGCCUCAAAUAAAUCCCACGCUGAAAGUCCCCCCCGGUCCAAUGUCCCAGCUUGUUUAGACCCCAGUGUCUCUGUAUCAUAUCCAGGCCUAAAGCAUUUGACCAACUUCUCAGCCAGCAUUCGCAAUCGCCAAUCUGGAAGCAAGAACCGACAUAAUCGAUCGACCUGGAGAAUCAAAAGUGUAAUCUGCCCCACCAUUGCGAUGUUGGCGUUCCGAGCUGUCAGAGUUGGCUGCUAUGCCCAGAGGGAUCGCAAAAUGGAUGGUGUGUGGGAAACGUCGGUAUGGAGCAAGAUCGACCUUCAUAUCUCCGAAUGCGAAUGCGAUAUCGAGCUUCACAUCGCUCCACGAAGGAUCACUUGUACUUCCAACAGUCGACAAGACGAGAUUUGUGCCAUGCUGAUAAUUCGCACGAUCCUCAAAUCUCCAACAACGGGUGUGCUCCACGACCAUACAGCUUUGUGGAGUAUCUUCGGUGAGAUUCCUCCUAGUACGGUUCUGGUUGUGUCGAAGCCACUCGGCCAGGAUAAAACGAAUCAUUCUCCAGUACUUGCCCUUCAGAUGCCCACACAUCUUGAUGUCUACGCCAAGCUGGAAGCCUGGACGGUAGGCGCCGUUGCAAGGAUUUUUGCGAAGGAUCGAGUACAGAGGCCAUCUGUGUUCCAACUUGCCACCUUCGCCUUGUAUAUGAUCUCGAGAUCGACUGCUAUUCACAAUGGUGGCAAAAACGAACGAUCCAAAAUCCGCAACCCACUAAAGAGGAUAAUUAAGGAAUCUAUGUCAUCUAGUCUUCACGGCAUAGGUAGCCACACCGCAACCCUCUCCCCCUACGGGAACGUCUAUCUCUCGAGCUUCAACCAUUCGCUACCAAGUGUUAUUCCGCAAAUCUUCUUAACGGCAUCAAGCCAGUCGCUAGCUAAUACAGUAGUAGCACCGCCACCUGGGGUUGAUGCGAUCCGUGGCUUGACUCCGGGCCAUUGGAGCAUGCUUCAGAAAUAUACCACGUCGCCUUCGUCACAUAUCAAGGACAUCCUCAUAGAUGCCUCGCAAGCUACACAAAUCAAAGGGAUGCGACGGUCAAUGCUAUUCCAAUACACGUUGGGCUGCCUUGCGCAGCUAUUCGACUACUUUGAAUACGAUAUACUGCCGUUUCGGACCAAAGCAAGUCAUAUAUACCAUUCACAGAUACGUGGUUUAUUUCGCCCCCUACCUGCAGAUCACGAAACCAUGCCCAGCCUUGUGCAACCAAUCGUCAAGACGUUAUUAGAGAUACUAACCCAAGGCCUCAAAGUCUUGGCCAAGAAGGCAAUUGGGCGGACUAUGUUUUCAAUAUGGAAACUGGAAGGGAUAUUUUCAUUCGCCGAAAGUUGCCAAAAGAUCGAGACUCGCGUCGAAACGGAAAUAGAGAACAUAGAGCGCACACUUCAUCACCAGGACCAACCAGAUUUAACUCGAAAGCCUAACAAUUUAGUAAAAGAGCUCCGGGAAGUCGGGGCCAAGCGACCAACGGCCGAAAUUUUAGGCUCCAGAUGGGAGGUGUUCGGAAAUACCAGAAGAACGAGAAGAGGGCUGUAUUACUGUGCUGGGUUUCGGACAUUCCUUUUGAUGAUGAUCAUACAACUGCUAUCAAGAAUUGCAAGCCUGAUACCGGACAAUUACUUCUGCAGCCUAGCCGAUAUGAAGGUUGGGAGAGUCCUCACAUUCGUAAGCCACAUCCCUAAUCUCACCAUCCGUUCUUCUACCAUAACCCUUUGUUAUGAAAUUGGCAGUCUUGUCAACGAAGGGCGACAGGCUGCUUCAAGGUCUCUUGAAGGCCUAGACGGGAACAAAUUUCUUCAAGCCUUCCCCGUUGCAAACCUAGCACUUGACGCACCAGAUGAACGCAACGAAGACAGCUGGUCAAUCUUAAUCGACUUUUUCUAUGAACUGGUUUAUCGCCACAACGGCAACAGUAAAAGACAGUUGAGUCAAAUAAGCAAAUUCGUUAUCGAAAUAAUUGACCAUGACCAUCAACUGGCACAGAAACACUAA